AUGGCGGAACAACCUCGUAUCCUGCGCCCGCGCCCGCGACGUGCCUUCGAGGUUACACCCGCGUCCAACGAGUCGUCCUCACCUCCCACGCCCAGCGAAGCUACCAAUGCCGACUUUCUGAACCCCAGCGGCCGGGACACCGCGCCCAAUUCGACGAGUGUCAGUCGCACGGGCUCGAUCUUGAACCUGACCUCCUCGACCCUAUAUGGCAUCUACUCCCCCACCGCAUUCGACAGCUUUCGUGAUGAAUCCAGCCCCUGGGGCACUGAGGCCCACACACCCGCUGCGACUCAUCCGCCAGAACCGUCGCAACAAGCGGCAGCGAGGUCGGCCACGGAGCCACGUCAGUUUGCUUUGCGGCGGACGCGCUCGCGACUCAGCCAUGGGCUGUUCCGUGGUGUCAUCUUGCCACAGGCGAUGAGCAGCGCCCUCCUAUUUGGCUUCGGCAUUGUCUACGGAGUCAUCACCGUUCACUUGCACGACAACCACUGGAUUACUCCUGUCAAACUGGAGAAUGUCCACUACUACGACUCAUGGCAAUAUUUGGGCUUCUGGGGAUUGGCAGGCAUUGCGCUUGGGAACGUGUUGCCCUGGCUCGACAAUUGGCGCGAGAACGAGCUGAUGAAGGGUGACGAGUCAAAAGAGGGUGAGGGUGUGGACCGCACACCCUCAUGGGUGACUGUCGCUCGCAGCGUGGGUGCAUUUGUCGGCAUUGCCUUCGCCAUGCGACGACUUCCUUGGGAGUCCACCACCCAAGCCUCGCUGACCCUAGCCCUCGCAAACCCCGUCCUCUGGUACCUGAUCGACCGCACCUCGGCUGGCUUCCUCCUCUCUACCGCAGUUAGCCUGACCGGAAUGAGUGUCGUUUUAGGAUUGAAGCCAGAGCUGAUUCCUGUGUCCACCGGCCCGACGGUCGGCACUACCCUGCUGAAUGGAACUGGAUGGGAAAAUGCACUUGGAGCAGGAAUUUCGCAAGAGAGCAUCGCGGUCCGCACCUGGGUCGCCAGUGUCAUUUUCUGCGCGUGCGUGUGCUUUGGCAAUAUUGGUCGCCAGCUCGCUAUCGGUGCUGGCAACAGAGAUACCCUGAAGCCGUGA